AAAUCAAGGGUUUCAAAACCAAAACUAAUUUUUAACCAUCGAUCUUACCCUCCAGGAACCCAAUCCAACGGUCCACUCGUAUAGUACGGAAUUCCUAAAAGCAGUUACCUAGAAAGCAGAAACCGCAAAGCGAAAAAAAUACACACACAGAGAUACACACAGAAAGAAGCAGAGACUGAGGCGAUGGAGAAGGAGAGAGUGCAGCAAGUUUAUCUGGCGAGGCUCGCCGAGCAGGCGGAGCGAUAUGAUGAAAUGGUUGAAGCUAUGAAGAAUGUUGCUAAGUUGGGUGUGGAGCUGACAGUGGAAGAGAGGAAUCUGGUAUCAGUGGGAUAUAAGAAUGUCAUUGGCGCAAGGAGGGCAUCGUGGAGGAUAUUGUCUUCCAUUGAACAGAAAGAAGAGGCCAAGGGUAAUGAGCAAAAUGCAAAGAGAAUAAGGGACUACAGGCAGAGGGUUGAAGAUGAGCUGGCAAAGAUCUGCCAUGACAUAUUAUCUGUCAUUGAUUCACACCUAAUUCCUUCUUCCACAACAGGGGAAUCAACUGUUUUCUACUAUAAGAUGAAAGGGGAUUAUUUCCGUUACUUGGCUGAGUUUAAAUCAGGUGAUGAUCGUAAAGAAGCUGCAGAUCAAUCACUCAAGGCUUAUGAGGCUGCCACCUCUACUGCAGCCUCAGAUUUGCCCCCAACUCACCCUAUCAGGCUUGGCCUUGCUUUGAACUUCUCUGUUUUUUACUAUGAGAUUUUGAACUCUCCUGAAAGGGCUUGCCAUCUGGCUAAGCAGGCAUUUGAUGAGGCUAUUGCAGAACUCGAUAACCUUAAUGAAGAAUCUUACAAGGAUAGCACCCUUAUUAUGCAGCUUCUUAGGGAUAAUCUCACCUUGUGGACCUCUGAUCUACCAGAGGAGGGAGGCGAGCAAUCCAAAGGUGAUGAACCUCAAGCAGAGAGUUAGUUGGAUGGAGAAGAGCAUUCUUUUAAGAUUCGGCUUGUUGAGUAGGGAAGAGCAUGGUAGGGUGACCAGCCUUUUAGUACUAGUUUUAUGGGGAUUUGUGAUUCGUGGAUUGUGUCAAUUUGUUGACCAGAUCUCUUCUCAGAUUGCUACAAUAUUUUUCUUCUGUUAGAACAUAUUUCUAAUCUGCCAUUUAAUAGUCCUAUGAUGUCUUGAAUGUUCUUCAUAUUUCGUUUGUUUCAUCGCUUUCGGAGUCCUAGCUGUUCCGUUCAUUUUGGAAAAUUUUCACCCCAAGGCUAUAUAUUGAAAACGUGAUUUGGGGCCCUGAAAAGUUGCCUGUU